ACUACGGGCCCCUGGAGAAGCGGACCGGCCAUCGACCCAGCGGGGACCACCCAUCUUCCUUCGGCAGAGCGAGCAGCGCUGGGGCGCACGCUUGGCACCAUGGCCCAGACGCCAGCUUUCGACAAGCCCAAAGUAGAACUGCAUGUCCACCUGGAUGGCGCUAUCAAGCCCGAAACCAUCUUAUAUUAUGGCAGGAAGAGGGGCAUCCCCCUCCCCGCCGACACACCAGAGGGGCUACAGAACAUCAUCGGCAUGGACAAGCCACUCAGCCUCCCAGGCUUCCUGGCCAAGUUUGAUUACUACAUGCCUGCCAUCGCGGGCUGCCGGGAGGCCAUCAAAAGGAUUGCCUAUGAGUUUGUGGAGAUGAAGGCCAAGGAGCGCGUGGUGUAUGUGGAAGUGCGCUACAGCCCGCACCUGCUGGCCAACUCCAAGGUGGAGCCAAUCCCCUGGAACCAGGCUGAAGGGGACCUCACCCCGGAUGAGGUGGUGUCGCUGGUGAGCCAGGGUCUGCAGGAGGGGGAGCGGGACUUCGGCGUGAAGGUGCGGUCCAUCCUGUGCUGCAUGCGCCACCAGCCCAGCUGGUCCUCCGAGGUGGUGGAGCUCUGUAAGAAGUACCGAGAGCAGACUGUGGUGGCCAUUGACCUGGCUGGAGAUGAGACCAUUGAAGGCAGCAGCCUCUUCCCUGGACACGUGCAGGCCUACGCGGAGGCCGUGAAGAGCGGCGUCCACCGCACGGUCCACGCCGGGGAGGUGGGCUCCGCCGAGGUGGUGAAAGAGGCCGUGGACACGCUCAAGACCGAGAGACUGGGGCACGGCUACCACACCCUGGAGGAUGCAGCUCUUUACAACACGCUGCGGCAGGAAAACAUGCACUUCGAGGUCUGCCCCUGGUCCAGCUACCUCACCGGCGCCUGGAAGCCUGACACGGAGCACCCGGUUGUUCGGUUCAAAAACGACCAGGCUAACUACUCGCUCAACACGGAUGACCCGCUCAUCUUCAAGUCCACGCUGGACACUGAUUACCAGAUGACCAAGCGCGACAUGGGCUUCACCGAAGAGGAGUUUAAGAGACUGAACAUCAAUGCGGCAAAGUCCAGUUUCCUCCCUGAAGAUGAGAAGAGGGAGCUCCUUGAUCUGCUCUAUAAGGCCUACGGGAUGCCCUCUCCGGCCUCCGCAGAGCAGCGUCCGUGAAGACGCCGUGGCUACCUCUCCAAGUCCUGGCCCUGCGGAUGGAGCCUUCACAGCUCCGGAGUCAAGCGACAUCUUACCUUUACUCCUUCCAGGGAGACUGUGAUUUCCAGAAUCACCUACCGAUGAUCAUGAAGCCCACGUGCCUCCUUCCACACACAAACAUGCCUCGGCGGGGCCGUGGCUCCCCUCUGUGUGCCUGGGCCAGGGCAGGGCCUGGGGCAGGCUGAACCCGAAUUCCUCCUCCUCUGGUGACUUCUGCUGAAAAUCUGGUGCUCAAUAAAGAAGCCAGCGGCUGGGGUCGUGCA